AGACAUUUAUUUUCCAACAAGCGUUGGAAAAUAAAUCAAAUCAAGUUUGAGUUGAACUGGCUAAGGUUGGAUCGGAAUUGAAUUAGGGUCAAUAAGAAAUUGUUGAAAGUUUUUUAAAUGGUAGAUUACUGAAUAGCUAUGUGGCUGUUUUUGAAAUUGUUGUUGAUGUUUUUUUAUUCCUGCUUUUGUUGUUAUUGCUGUUGUUAUUGUUAUUGCUGUUAUUGUUGUUGUUGUUGUUGUUGUUAUUAUUGUCGUUAUUUCUGUGUAUAUAUAAGCUUACAUAGGUUGCUCUCGUUUUUUUAUAAAAUUAUUUUUAUGUAAUUAUUUCAUAACUUACAAAUAUUCAAGACGUAGAAAAACUCGAUCAAUGUAUUUAAGAGCUUUAGUCUACCCCUAAAAUGUUUUGACAUCGUCUCAAAUAACACCAAGCUAGCCACUCACAAAGUUAAGUCAUUAUGAAUAAAAACUAACAUAAAAUUGUUUAAAUGAAAACUUAACAUAAAUCUUUCCAGCCUUACUUUCCAACAAUAAUAAUAACAUUUGCCAACAACGUGAUUCAUCUCAUGUAUUCCAGAUUUCUUAGUUUUCAGAACUACUGGAUUUUAUCAAGCUCGAACCCAGCACCUUUUACCGUGGCGUCGAAAAACCCUAUUUCGCUAGAACUAUCAGAAAGCGCAGCGCCGUUGAGAAGCAAAUAGUCCUGGGGACGAGGUUGACAUCUCACAAGAAAGUAUAAGGAGAAGUGAUCACGUAACUGAGAAUUUAAUAUCGUUUCGCGACUACAUGGCUGAGUUUAUUCACAACAACAAAAACAAGGGAAAUUCGCUCGAGUAUGACAUAGAUGUAAAAGGUACUACAUGGUACAGCAAGGAAAAGCACGCACACUGCAAUGUAGCGCAUACAGGUGAUAUAUUCACAAAAAUUGGACACUUUAGAUCGCCUGAUGAUACAUAUAGAGAGGCUUGGGAAAGAAAAAAUCGAGGCUUAAAAAAAUAUGAACUUGAGAAGCUCAGCAGAUGGCAGUAUACAAAACAGGAGUUAAAUUAUCCUAAGAAAAUUGAAAACAGACCAGAAAACGCAAAAAGUCAUGUUUCUACUUGGAGUCUACUGGACACGUCAGAAGGUUUAAGUACAAAAGACAAGUUUUGUCCACAAAACGGUCCACCCAAAAAACGAUCUAAUAUUCCUCUCCUAACCAGUGCACAAACACCGUCUAGGAGCGCAUUCCAACCUGUAAUCAAGGACACAUACAGUCUCCUUGGAAGAAGACGGAUAAAUUCGGAUGAUUUUAUAGGUGACCAAAGAACACUCGGACAAACUUAUGCCCAACAUGAAGACAUGUUGUCUCAGCACUACACGCAUACAUUCAGUCGCAGUUUAUCACGAGAUGCUUCGGAUACAGAAAGUUUUUCCGACGAAAGUGAAAUUGACGUUGUUGAGAUAUCAUCCAAUAGAAAGAAAGCUACUCGGCAUAAAGUUACUUUGCACAAUCCGCCGAAACUUAUAAAAUUUAACGAAAACGGUAACGAUAAUAUGAUAGAAAAACCAAAGAAAGUAAGCUCCAACGAGUGUCAUCGACAAAAAGACGAUAAAAAAACUAGUUUUACCGACACAGAUCGUUCGUGUAAAUUACCAGUUUGUGGGGCAACGAAACCGGCUAAACAAUCAUCAUCAUCCGACGAAAGCAUGGAAAACAAAAGAAAACGAGGUGGCGGAAAAAUUGGUCGCAAACGUAAAAGAGGUUAUAUAUACGAUCCGAAACCUUUAGUUGCUAAAACAAAAACUACAAUUUUACCUGAAGAAGUAAAAGACAAUGUGUAUUGGGAUCGAAGACGCCGAAACAAUGAGGCGGCGAAACGAUCCCGCGAAAAUAGGCGUUUUAAGGAAUUAGAAAUAAUGACUGAAGCUAAAAAAUUAUCGGCACAAAAUGAGGCUUUAAAGUUAAAAAUUGACAGACUGGAAAUGAGAAAUCAAUAUUUAGAAGAAUUACUAUCAAGCAAAACAAUUAUGGGUAGUACAUCUAGUGGAUAGAACUUAUCAUAGCGCUUUCUGACAACUGUAUAUUUUACAGUCACUAAUAUAUAUAUAUACUAUCUUUUGGUACUUUCUUGCAUACGAUAAACGUAACGUCUAGUACUUUUGAAUAGAAAGAAACUUUUGUAUCCCGGUGAAGAAUAUGAAAGAAAAUUAAAUCAGCUAUCUACAAAUUCAGUCAAACAUGCUCUGAAUUAUUCUAAGUACAAAACAAGUGAACUGAUAUCAUAAAGUUGUUAACUGACAAAUUCUCACAAACUGCCAAUAGAAAUUACCAGAUUCGUUCCCAGAGCAUUUUUCCUUCCUCUCCGUGAUAACUGCUUAGGGGACAAGAGAUCCUGGGCACAAGAAUGAGAAAUGGCAACCUUAACAUUUGCAUCCCUUUCUGUUUAGCUCUUACUUUUUACAUUUCAGGAAGAUUUCUAUCAACAUCAUGCAGAAGACCAUGUUCUUCUUCUUCUUCUUCUUCUUCUUCUUCUUCUUCUUCUUCUUCUUCUUCUUCUUCUUCUUCUUCUUCUUCUUCUUCUUCUUCUUCUUCUUCUUCUUCUUCUUCUUCUUCUUCUUCUUCUUCUUCUUCUUCUUCUUCUUCUUCUU